GGGUUCGGCUGAUCUCUCCCUGAGCACCGAACAAGCGAGGAAGCUUUCAGGAAGAUUCGAGGCUUCUGAUUUUGGCAGGGGACAAGUUUAGCAAGGGGAAGACGGGGUGCUGCAGAAUGUUGAAGACGAAGCCGAUCUGUUAUUCUUCGUCAGUUUGGGGACGAGCUUUGACGGAACAGACAGCUAUUGGUGAUAGCAUGGAGUUUCUGGUGGUUGACUUCGUGUUGUCGGACUGGAAAAUCAAAUUUCAGGGGUUCAUUGGUGGCUUAUGUGUGAAAGAAGACGAAGGGAUGUUGAUCCGCCCUCCUCCAGAACCGCCGCCUUGGAGGAAUUAUGCGACUAGGGUUUGGACGAGUAUUUCUAUUUUUGUUUUUAUUUCGAUUAUGUUUUGCUGCUUAUUUAUUUUAUGUUGUAAGACUUUUGCACUUGGAUUGGGGGAUGAGAGGCAUGCGGUAAUCGUCGUAGUUUUGAAUAUGCCCAAUUAGGAUUAGCGAGUUAUAUUGCUUUGUCAAAGGUAAUUAACUCAGAGUCUCGUCCACGGGCGGAUGGUUACUGUAGUCCUUUUGUUAUUUCAACCCCUUUCUGAGUGUUUUUUAUGAAUGAAUGCAUGUUCGAUGAUCAAAA